GCGGCUUUUGAUAUGUAGUUAACUUUUUUACAGCCUCGCGACUUCAACGUCAUCCCAGCUUGGACGAUGUUUCCCCACUCACGGGCCAUGAUUGGCUCAGGACCCAUUUACACCUGGCAGACGUCCCAGCCUCGGCAUUCAGCCUCGUGUAAUUCAGGUCGCGUGACUUGAUUUGACGUCCGCCGUUGAACUCGACGACGACGACGACGAAGAACGUCCGAUGGCGACACUCCAACUGCUCCGUCAGCCUAAUCGCCAACAUGUCGCCCUGUUCCAAGCUGUGCGGUCUUCUCCGACGCCAACCUCGCUGCUCCUAAAGCCUCAGUCUGUUGCAUCACGGUUCUCUCGGCAGUCCAGGGCGAAUCUCUGGACAUGCUCUAGCAUAUCUUCAAGUACACCCACUGUCACAUCUCUGAAGCUAUCGAAUGGAUCAUUUACUCCCAGGCUCGGCCUGCACCGGAACUACUCUUCGGAGCCAGAAAGGAAGCCGCAAACCUCGGAAAGCGACGUCUCAUCCCCAAAGGGUCUCAAGCCCCUGAAAUCCAACGUCGUCAAGGCCUUAGCGCAACUCACGCCCCACGAGAACAUCUACACGAUCCCCAACUUCCUAACCCUAACACGCCUCAUCGCCGCCCCCGUCGUCGGCUACCUCGUUCUCAACGAUGCGCACGCCUGGGCUCUCGGGCUCUUCGCCUAUGCCGGCAUCACGGACCUCGUGGACGGCUGGAUUGCGCGGAAAUGGAACCUACAAACAGUGGUGGGGACCAUCAUUGACCCGCUGGCCGACAAGAUUUUGAUGACCGUUCUGACGGUCACGCUGGCGAUGCAGGGGAUGCUGCCUGUGUGGCUCGCAUUCAUCAUUCUAGGCCGCGACGUGGGCCUCGGGAUCUCGGCCAUAUAUUACCGUUGGAUUAGUCUGCCGCCACCGAAGACUCUGACGCGGUACUGGGAUUUUAGUCUGCCGAGCGCGGAGGUCAGACCGACGACGAUUAGCAAGUAUAAUACGGCACUGCAGCUGGGGCUGAUUGGAGCGACGACAGCGAUGCCGUUAAUACCGUUUGAGUUGGGAGCAACGAUGACGGGGUUUCAGUAUUUGGUUGCGGCGACGACGAUUUGGAGUGGGGCGAGUUAUGUGUAUAGUAAGGAUGCGGUGAAGAUUCUAAACCAGAAGAAGGACGAGAAGAAGGAGGUUACGAAGAAGUGAGUGUUGCAGAGGCUAAGGAAAGAUCUUGUAUUAUAUGGCAUGUACAUUGGACAUUGUAAGGCGUGGAGGGUAUUAUAGAUGUUAUUGCAUAGAAAGGUUUGGCGAUCAAAAUAUCUCUCACCGUACGAUUCUGGGAGCGCAUUUAUGGGGAAUAGGACCUGAUACGAUAAACAACUCGAGUUCUGCUUUUCUGUGGGGAGGU